AUGAAUUUCUCCAAAAAUCCUUUCACCCAUAUCGAAGGCGUCUUCAAUUUCCGUGAUGCUGGCGGCUACGCAAUCGCUGUCGACCCGCUCUACUCGGUCCGGCGCCGCUUCAUCUUCCGAUGCGCCAACCCAGGCAGGGCAACAUCAAAUGGAGUGCAACAAAUCCGAGACUUGGACAUCACCACCAUCUUCGAUCUGCGCUCCGCCACCGAGAUCGAAAGAACCAAAGAUUUCGCGCCGACAGCCGAGAUCCCGGGCAUCAGGAGAGUACACGUGCCGGUGUACGUCCAUGGCGAAUAUCCCGCCCAUCAAAGCGUAGAGAACCUUCAGAAUUAUACAUCGGCGAACCGUCAAGAUUCAAGAGGGGCAUAUGUGGAAUAUCUCGACAACGGAAAAGAUGCCUUCGGAACCAUCUUCACGCACAUACGAGACCAUCCCGACCAAAAUUGCCUCAUCCACUGCUCCGCGGGUAAAGACCGGACAGGCGUCGCUAUCGCUCUAAUCCUGGCCACCGCAGGAGUGGAGACCUCGACGAUACAACAAGAGUACCGAUUUUCCAGAAGAGGGGUUGAAGCCCAUGAAAGAAUCCGUCGUUCGCUAUCUGACCGAGAAGUCGGGCUCGGAGUGGACGGAUCAGCAAGUAACAAGUCUUCUAGGACUGAGGUGAGUGGAAAGACUGCAAGCAAGUCGUGCUGUAUGAGAGGAGCAGCUCAUCCGUUGUAUUUUAGGCUCGAUGCACUGAGUGAAAUGCUCGAUGUUUUACGAGACGCUCAUGACGGUGCGGAAGGGUAUCUAAAGACGCAAUGCGGCUUCAGCAACGAGGACGUAGCGAUCAUAAGGGAGAAUCUGCGUAUCAAAGAAGCUUGA